UCCACUGAGCCCCCGCCGCCGGCCAGCCACAUGCAUCUCGCCGCCGCCGACCACCCCCACCGCGGCGGCGGCGGCGGCCGCCCCGGCCCCGGCCUCGCCCUCGCCCUCGGGAACCUCGCGGCCGCCGCGCUCCGCAGGGAGCACAGGCGCCGCGCGCUCGCCGGGGGUGCCGUCCUCGCCUCGGCGCUGCUCCUGGUGGCCACGCCGCGGCUCCGCCACUCCCCCGCGCUCCACCUCUUCGCCGACAUGCGCAACCUCCUCGGCGUGCCCAACACGCUCAACGUGUUCAGCGCGUAUCCGCUCCUCCUGGCCGGGGUCCCCGGGCUCGUCCUCUGCCUCUGUGGCAGUGGAUGCUUCGGCAUCAGCUUGAGAUGGGAGGCCUUGGGAUGGUUCCUCUUCUAUGCUGGGAAUGUGGCAGCAGCAUUUGGCUCGGCUUACUAUCACCUCAAACCAGAUGAUGACCGCUUAAUUUGGGACAGGUUGCCGAUGAUGCUAUCAGCUUCUUCGCUGCUGUCUAUAUUGGUAAUUGAAAGAGUUGAUGAGAGGGCUGGGCUAUCUUGUUUGCUGUCACUCUUAUCUCUCAUACUGGUGAGCAGUGCAUGUGAAAGGGUUCUUGAUGAUAUGCGCUUAUGGGUGGUUUUAAAUUUUGUUCCUUGCGUUGCAAUUCCUGCAAUGCUAUUCUUGUUUCCUCCAAAAUAUACACAUUCGAGAUUUUGGUUUCUUGCCACAGGUUUUUACCUUCUUGCAAGAUUUGAGGGCCUUGCUGACAGAAAGGUUUACAGUGUGAACCGGUACUUCAUCAGCGGGCAUUCCUUGGAGCACCUUUGCUUUGCGGUGGUUUCCUUGAUUCUAAAUGUGAUGCUGUCCUUCAGAAAUGUUAAGAUCGUCAGAGACUCGUGACAUCCUCUGCUGCUCAGGAAUCACCUGAAAAUUCUGGAUGUUCACAAGACGACCACCAGAUGCACCUGACAAACCUUCUUCAUAGUAGCAGCUAACCGAUCUACCUUAUGUCCUUAUCCAUGGUUUUCUCUUCUUGGAAUCCUGCGGUGCCUGACUGCCUGGACCCCUAUCUUCUUCGCCCUGAUGUGUUCAUCCCUCUUCUGUAUGUUCAUGGUGUGUUUUGUGAGCAACCCAGAACUGUUUGUGUUAAUUAACUUUUGAGCAAAAAAGAAUCUGGGCGAGGAGAUUGCAGUGCUAAUUUUUGCCAUGAAAUAAGUGAAA